UCAUGACGUCAGCUUAUCCCUUCCUGGCUGCUCGGAGACCCACGUGUGUGUAAAAAGACAGUGAGCGGCAGACAUGAAGAGGAAACGGAGCCAGCCCCGGGUACAGGAAUCCGGGCUACCGGGGAGCAACAUUAAGAAAGCGGAUGAUAUUGGCGCAGAGGAUUUCGAUGAAGAUGACCUUGAAUUCUUAACAGAGACAAGGAAGCCUGCUGUAAAGUCUGCACCUGAGGAUGUGGAUAUCGUAAGACCUGUGAAACUAAGCAAAUCUGAACUCUACAAACCUCCAACUAAUGAGGAGCUUAAUCGACUGAAAGAGACCGAAUACCUCUUCCAUUCAAACCUUCUUCGCAUGCAGAUUGAGGAAUUGUUGCAGGAAGUUAAGCUAAAGGAGAAGAGACGCAAAAAAAUUGAUACAUUUUUACAUGAGAUUAACUCCCUUCUUGGUGAAAUCCCAGAAACAAAGGAGAGAGAUCUUGUAGACCAGUCAUGGCUCCGCAAAUCAGUGAAAGUUCCGUUUCUGCAAGUUCCAUUCAAAGUAAAGGGCAAGUUUCAUUUUCUUCCUCCUACCUCCAUCAAGGUUGUUGGAAGCUACCUCCUGGGGACGUGCAUCAAACCAGAGAUCAAUGUGGAUGUAGCUCUCACAAUGCCACGGGAAAUUCUUCAAGAAAAAGAUAACUUGAAUCAGCGCUAUUUGAGAAAGCGAGCCCUGUACUUGGCGCACAUUGCCGGUCACCUUGCCGGAAAUGAACUUUUUGGUAGCGUGAAAUUUGCCUAUCUGAACAGCAACCACCUUAAACCCAUCCUCUUGCUCAGGCCUCGUGAUAAAGAUGAGAAAUUAGUAACAGUCCGUUUACAUGUCUGUCCUCCACAUGGUGUCUUCAAGCCAAGUCGACUCUUCCCCAACAAGAACAAUAUCCGAACGGCCUGGUAUACAGAGCAGCAAAGCGUCAUUGAGGGAGUCACUGAGCCUCCAACCCCACAUUAUAAUAAUACCAUCCUAUCUGAUCUGGCUCUCGAGCACCAUCUACAUCACCUUUCCAGUUGUGCCACAGACUUCCCUGGCAUGAAGGAUGGGAUCGCCAUACUCAAAGUCUGGCUGCGCCAGAGACAGUUUGAUAAGGGUUAUGGAAGCUUUAAUGGUUUCAUGAUGUCCAUGUUGGUGGCUUACCUCCUAUCCAAGAAUAAGAUCAACAAGGUGAUGAGUGGAUACCAGAUUUUGAGAAACACGCUGCAUUUCCUAGCAACCACAGAUUUGUCUGUUAAUGGUAUAACUAUGUCCAAGGUCGGUGAUCACUCCCUGCCGUCCAUUGAUGAUUUUCAGCAGGCCUUUGAUGUGGUAUUUGUUGACCCACUAGGACUUGUGAAUCUCUGUUCUGACAUGACUGCUGCCAAAUACAAACAGGUUCAGUUUGAAGCCCAGGAAUCUCUGAAGGUUCUGGAUGACACAAGCACAGAUGGGUUCCAUCUUCUACUCAUGGUCCCCAAACCUUUCAUUAGAACAUUCGAUCAUGUCUUCCACCUGACAGACGUGAUGGGGCUGCAAGAAUCCUGCAAAAAGAUGAAACUAGUCAACGAGCUAAUGGAUCGCGGUGGGGAUUAUGUGUCCGCAGUGCUACCGUUCCUCCUGUCUGUCCUUGCACGGGGCCUGGAUCAGAGGAUCACCCUGCUGUCUCACACUCUUCCACAGAGGCCAGAGUGGGAUAUUGGACAGGCUCCUGCCAAUCACAAAGACCUGGGCUUUCUCUCUGUGGGAUUCUUGCUGAGUACAGAGUUCUGCAGCAGUGUGCUGGAGAAGGGACCAGCAGCAGAUACACCAGAGGCAGCGGAGUUUCAGAAGUUCUGGGGAAAGAAAUCUGAAUUGCGUCGCUUCCAGGAUGGCUCCAUUUGUGAGGCGGUUGUGUGGCCCGGGAAGGUGCUGCACGAGAAACGCAAGAUCCCAGAGAUUAUUGUGAAGCAUUUAUUAACACUGCAUGCAAGUAUUCCUGAAUCCUCGAUCAACUACUCUGGAAAUUUUAUUGAUUGUGUCCUUAUGAAAGAAAAAGUAGGUACUGGUGAGGAGCAGAUGGUGAGCAUUGUACAGUCUUAUGAUGACCUGAGCCGGAAGCUUUGGAGUCUCGAUGACCUUCCCCUCACAGUUACUUCUGUGCAAGGGACUCACCCCUCUUUCCGCUACACAGAUGUUUUUCCCCCUUCUCCUGUGAAACCUGAUUGGUCAUUUCACAAGGUUGAAAAGGAUAAGAAAUGUCUCGUUCCCUCCCUGGAAAAACCUUGUCCGGCAUAUGUAUCCCCAAUGAAAGUGAUUUGCCAUAUGGAGGGAAGCGGGAAGUGGCCACAGGAUAAAGACGCCAUAAAAAGAAUUAAAGCUGCUUUUCAGAUCCGACUGGCUGAACUUCUGAAACAGCAGCAUGACCUCCUGUGCAAAACCACUGCAACUUAUACGGAUGUAUACAAGGAUGGUUACGUGUUCCGCAUUCAAGUUGCAUAUCACCGUGAGCCGCAGUAUAUGAAGGAAUUUAUCACCCCUGAGGGGAUGUUAAAAUCUCAGGAUACCGUGCAGUCCCUUCAGCUGGAAAAGGAGACUAUCCACUUACCAUACCUAACCAGCACACUGCAUGGGCUCCAUCAGCAGCACCCUGCCUUUGGUGGCACUUCUCGUUUGGCCAAACGGUGGAUCUCAGCCCAGCUCCUGGGAGACAGCUUCUCUGAGGAAUGUGUGGAUCUUUUAGUGGCUUAUCUUUUCUUGCAGCCAGCACCCUUCAUUGCACCCAGUUCUCCCCAGGUGGGAUUCUUGCGCUUCCUUUAUGUUUUGGCCACCUACGACUGGAAGAACAGCGCCCUCAUAGUAAAUCUUAACGGGGAUUUAAAAGGUACAGACUGCACAGAAAUCCAGAAUGACUUUGUGGCCUCACGCACUCGGCUCCCUGUUAUGUUUAUUGCAACACCAAAGGACAGGAAGGAUUCGUUGUGGACCAGGAAACAGCCUUCGGCACAGAUACUGCAACGUCUCAUUCUUCUGUCUGCUGAGUCCCUUCGAAUUCUGGAAAACCAGCUCAUGGAUCCACUUGGGAACCACGACAUCAAGGUGGUUUUCCGGCCUCCUCUGGAUCUCUAUGAUGUCCUGAUCCAUUUGAAUCCCAAGCACAUUCCCCGACACAGGGAAGCAGUGGAUCACCCCGCAAAGUCCUUUGUACGGGGCUUGUUAAAAACGGAAGCUGAAGUGCUGAACCUCUUCUUUCCGGUGGUGGAUUAUGACCCAGUCCAGUUAUACUUGAAGGAACUCCGAGAAGCCUAUGAGGACUUUGCCCUAUUUUUCUAUGAUUCCCAUGGGGGUGAAGUAAUCGGCAUUCUGUGGAAGCCAUCAAGUUUUGAGAAGCAGUCAUUUAAAACAACCAACGUUAAUGGGAGACUAAUGGACAGCAAGAGUGAUCGCUCUUUGAUGAUACCUAAUGUAGAAGCCAUUUUGGAAGAUUUUCAAAUCUUGGGAGAGGGCCUAGUCCUUAAGGUGGAGAGUCAGACUGAGAGGUGGAACAUCUAAAAGGCUUUUCCAACUUGGCUUUCUGAAGCUACAGACAAUAAUUCACUAUCCAUUAUCAUUGAAGAACAUUGAAGAUGUGCAUUUAACUUUGCAAAAUCUAUUAUUGCUGGACCUGUGAAAAAUAUUCCAAAUAUUUCAUUGAUUCUCUGUUUUGUUUAAGGACCUUUUUUUACAACAUUCUUUUGAUCUCUUGCAUCCUACUGUUAAUAUCUUGCAUCUUACUGAAGAUUAUUGGUGCACAAGGGACAUGUGAAGUGUGCGCGUAGUAUUUUAAUGUAGUUUUGACAUGGCAAUCGCAAAAGGCUUUAUACCAUCUCCCAUCUACUUAAAAUAAACAAGGUGUUUCCAAUUAUGUUUUUCUCUUCUCAUUUUACUGCAUUUCCUCUGAGUUUUGAGGUGAAGACUAAA